AUGCUGCAAUACCAAACCGAUAAUAGUACUAAUGAAGAGAAUGCACAACCAAUUAGAAAGCCUACUGAGGAGGUAAAACAUGAACUUAAACAAGACCCAUUCUUCACACUUAGACACAAAAUCGUUUUGGAAGAGGGGAGUAUGAGCCAAUUGAUAGAACAAAACAACUACUUGGCCAAAAAUCCUCCCGAGCAACCAGAUGACUUAAGGGAUUGGAUUUAUACACUGUGGAUUCUAUCUGAUAUUGGCAAAGAACCAGCUGCUAAUGCACACCAAGCGUUUCUCCUUUCAAAAAAGACAGAGAAUGGUCAGUACAUAAUACCAUCAGCUUGUAGGUUAAUCGUUAACGCUUAUGAAGGUUGGAGUAAGGAUGAAAUAGUUAAUGAAAUUCUAUGUCCACAAUCAAAACCAGGAGAGUUUAAACGGGAUUUAUUGUUGUGCUCUGAAGCUCUUCUUCUUAUUUACAUCAAAAAGAGCCUCUUUCUUGAUCAAGCUAUCAGGUUUUGUUUCAUUGCCUCACUGUUCGGCAAGAAGCGUUGCUGGCACCAACUUCAGUUUCAAAUGUUUAAAUCAAAGCAAGAACAAUCUUAUGAAGAAAUAAUGAAAGAUUUAAGAAUGCAGGUAACGUAUGGUCUCUUGCUUGAAAAUCAUUUAGUCCAACAUCAACAAAGGAUACUAGAGUGUGUCCAAAAUGAAAAUCAAAUAUAUUUGCCAGAAAAGAAACGAGAACGUGUUACUGAACUGAUGAAAGGAUUGCAACUCGUUACAAAAUUGGUAAAGCAAAAAAAUAAUCCAACUCUGGAACUAGAAGAGCUGAUUCUAAACGGUGUUUUAGAUGAGGAAAAAUUCAUGAUGAUUAUGGCUUCUAAACCUUCCUUUGCAAACUGCUUACGUUUGUUCUAUGCUCUUCCUGGAUUGAAAUCUUCCAUAUCAAAAAUAAAUAUUGAAGAUGAAUGGGGGGCUGAAGAUGGUAAAUGUGACGAAAGCAGAACUUGCCUUUCAUUUUACUAUGUUUCUGCCAUUCAUGAACGAUGGGAACCUAACAUAUAUCAAUUUGUUAUGAGUGAAGCAGAUAUUACAAUGUAUGGAGGUGCUAUUGAGAAUUUAGUCGAGCAUUUUAUCAAAUUAAAAGAAGAGGCAUUUGCAAUAGCUCUGUUAGAAGAGUGCGUAAAAUUUGAGACACAUUUUGUGGAAAAUAUCUACGAAUCAGCCGAAAGAAAGUCAACAGUUUUGUACAAAUGUAGAAAGUAUUUGGAGUGGUGCAUGAAGUUGAAUAAUGAAGGAGAACAAGGUUGGCUUGAAAAAUUGAAUGAAAUUGAUAAAAAAAGGGAAAACCUUGAAAUCAAACAUACCUGGACUGACAGCGAUUACUAA